UGAUGUUUGCUAUCACGAAGUAAGCAUUGUUUAGGCAAUAAGCAAUGAAACUCAUGAAUCGAUUUGCUGUUGUUGCCAACAAUAAACCAGAAAAAGGGCCAUCUUAAGUAAUAUUAAAAUUAAUGAUAAAAGGGACACUUGACAGACAAAUAUACAAUAAUAGAUCACACUUAUGAUGCAGUAGUUGUAGGAGCAGGUGGAGCUGGAUUAAGAGCAGCUUUUGGUUUAGUUGAAUUAGGUUUUAAGACUGCAUGCAUAUCUAAGCUAUUUCCAACUAGAUCACAUACUGUUGCAGCAUAAGGAGGUAUUAAUGCAGCUUUAGGUAAUAUGACAGAGGAUGAUUGGAGAUGGUAUAUAUGAUCAAAAUUUAUUUAGGCAUGCAUAUGAUACUAUUAAAGGAUCAGAUUGGUUAGGAGAUUAAGAUGCUAUUUCAUAUAUGUGUAAAGAAGCACCCAAGGCUGUUUAUGAAUUGGAAAGUUAUGGUUUACCAUUCUCUCGUACUCCUGAAGGCAAAAUUUAUUAAAGAGCAUUUGGAGGUUAAAGUUUGAAGUUUGGAACAGGUGGAUAAGCAUAUAGAUGUUGUGCAGUGGCUGAUCGUACUGGACAUGCUAUGUUACAUACACUUUUUGGCAGAGCUUUAGGUUAUGAUUGCAUUUUCUUUGUUGAAUAUUUUGCACUUGAUUUAAUGAUGGAUGAAUAAGGGUAAUUUUAUAUUUAUUAUAAAUUUAUAGAGCUUGUAGAGGAGUUGUAUGCAUGUCAAUGGCAGAUGGAUCAAUCCAUAGAAUUAGAGCUGGAUAUACUGUCAUUGCAACAGGAGGAUAUGGAAGAGCAUUCUAAUCAUGUACAUCAGCACAUACAUGCACUGGUGAUGGUGGUGGUAUGACAAUUAGAGCUGGUUUACCUAUGGAAGACUUAGAAUUUGUGUAAUUCCAUCCUACUGGUAUUUAUGGAUCUGGAUGUCUUAUGACUGAAGGAUGUAGAGGUGAAGGAGGUAUUCUUAGAAAUUCUUUGGGCGAAAGAUUUAUGGAAAGAUAUGCUCCUACUGCUAAGGAUUUAGCUAGUAGAGAUGUUGUUUCUAGAGCUAUGACUAAAGAAAUUUUAGAAGGAAGAGGGUAAUUUUUAUAUCAUAAUCUUUCUAAGAGUUGGACCAGAAAAAGAUCAUAUUUAUUUACAUUUAAAUCAUUUACCUGCUGAAUUAUUACAUGAAAGAUUACCAGGAAUCAGCGAAGCAGCCAAAAUCUUCGCAGGAGUUGAUGUUACCAAAGAACCAGCUCCAGUAUUGCCAACAGUCCAUUAUAAUAUGGGUGGAGUACCUACAAAUUACAAAACUGAAGUGUUAAAUCAAGUUAAUGGAAAAGACUAAAUUGUUCCUGGACUAUUAGCUGCAGGUGAAGCUGCUUGUGCCUCAGUUCAUGGUGCAAAUAGAUUAGGAGCCAAUUCAUUAUUAGAUAUUGUUGUUUUCGGAAGAUAAGCAGCAAAUUUAGUUGGUGAAAAAUGGAAACCAGGAUAGAAACAACCAGAUUUACCUAAGAAUGCAGGUGAAGCUGCUAUUGCAAGAAUUGAUAGACUUAGACAUCAUGAAGGAUCAUAAACAAUUGCUUAAGUUAGAAAAGAUUUAUAGAGAACUAUGUAGAAACAUGCAGCUGUUUUCAGAAUUGAAAAGACUUUAUAAGAAGGUGUAGAAAAAGUUAAGGAAAUUUAUUAAAGAAAGGAUGAUGUUAGAAUUAAAGAUAAAGGAUUAGUUUGGAAUUCUGAUCUUAUUGAAGGAUUAGAAUUAGAGAAUUUAUUAUGUAUUUAUUAAUUUAUAUAUUACAUUAGUAUAAGGAAAAAUGACUAUUGAAGGAGCUCUCAAUAGAAAGGAAUCUAGAGGUGCUCAUGCUAGAGAUGAUUUUCCUGAUAGAGAUGAUAAAAAUUGGAUGAAACACACUCUUGCUAGAAUUCAAGAUACUAAAUCAGGAGAUGUUUAAUUGACUUAUAGAGAUGUAUAACUAUUCAUUAAUAUAAUAAUAGGUCAUUACAAAAACUAUGGAUCCUAAUGAAUUUGACACUGUACCACCUAAGAAGAGAGUCUAUUGAU